AUGGCGGCCGAGCCGGCUUCACUCCACCGCCCCGCCGGCCCUCAGCCAAGCCCCGCCUCCCGCCCCGCUGCGAGCGGUGAUUGGCGGAGGAGCGGCGGGGGCGGCUGCGAUUGGAGGAGGCGGCGGCGCGGAGUGAGGCCGCGGCGCGGGCCGGUGGCGACGGCGAUGGAGGGGUCGCCCGGGCUGGACAUGGAGCUGGACGAGGCGCUGCUGGAGCUGCUGGGGGCGCUGGAGGCGCUGGAGAAGAAACGGGGGGAGCUGGAGGGGCUGAUGAGGGAGGGCUGGCUGUCCCUGUCCCAGUCCCGUUACUCUCUGGGGUGUCACCGUGUCUCGUCCCUCCAGUACGGGGCCACCAUUGUCCCCCGCGUCACGGUCCUGCCCAGGCAGGACCCAGGGGGACAUUGGGACUUCCUGGAGGUGACGGGGACACGGGACCCCCAACAGCCAUUGGGGGGGGAUGACGGACUCCGUCAGCGCCGGGGUGACCCCAUUUCUGGGAAGGGGACCCCAACAUCCCCCCCCCGGGACCCCCACGACCCCCUGAGGUGGUUCGGGGUCCUAGUGCCCCCCAGCCUGAGGAGAGCACAGGAGAACUUCAGCAGAGGGGUGGCGGUGGCGGUGGAGCUGGCCGGCCUGCAGGGGGCGAUGACAGCGGCCACCAACCGGUACCGGCUACUGAUGGGAAUGAAACGGAAACGGGGGGACAUCGGGGACAUCGGGGACAUCGAGACCACGGGGGACAUAGAGACCAUUGGGGACAGCGAGGCCGUCGGGGACAUUGAGACCAUUGGGGACACCGAGGCCGUCGGGGACAUUGAGACCACGGGGGACAUUGAGACCAUUGGGGACAUCGAGGCCGUCGGGGACAAUGAGACCAAGGGGGACACGGGGAGCUCAGGUGACACUGAGACCCUUGGGGACAUUGAGACCGUGGGGGACAUGGGGACCCUUGGGGACACUGAGACCCUUGGGGACAUCGAGACCAUGGGGGACAUGGGGAGCUCAGGUGACACCAGGACCCUUGGGGACAUGGGGCCACCAGGUGACAAUGAGACCCUUGGGGACAUGGGGACAGUUGGGGACACGGGGACCUCAGGUGACAUCGAGACCCUUGGGGACAUUGAGACCAUGGGGGACAUCGAGACCACGGGGGACACCGAGGCCGUCGGGGACAUUGAGACCACGGGGGACAUUGAGACCAUUGGGGACAUCGAGGCCGUCGGGGACAAUGAGACCAAGGGGGACACGGGGAGCUCAGGUGACACCCGCGGGUGACAACGUGGGGACAACGUGGGGACCUUGGCGGAGGUGCCAGCGACGUCCCCAACGCUGUGACGGGGCCACCCAGGGCCCUCCAAUAAACAACCAGUGUCACCAGGGUCACCUGA